AUGAACUGUUGGCAAGCAAAUUACGCUUCCGCAAAGGUAGACACCCGAGGAGCUCCCGAAGAUGCUAAUUUUGAUGACUGUAUCCCGGAAAAUCAAAACUGUGAAGAUGACGACUCUGAAGACGAUACUGACGGAGACGACGUUGCUGAAGGUUUUGAUAACACUGCUGCUGGGGCUACGUCGUCUUCCAACGCACCGUCAAAACGGUCCAGACGCACCAAAAAGAAAUGGUACCAGUGUGAAGACUGCGGAUUCAUAAAAAAAACUAGGAAAGCCUUGUUAAAUCACCGGCAGAUGCACACCAGUCCGAUGGUGUGCUAUUGCUAUGUUUGUGGUCAAAAAUUCAUGGUGCCGUUUCAUCUUAAACGACACGUCCGGACUGCACACAAGGGUAUGCCGACGUUUAAAUGCGGCCAAUGCGGAGCAGGGUUUAAGCUCAAAUCGGGCCUGAAGAAACAUCGGAGAAGUAAUGAGAUCUGCAACAAUUGGUACAAGGAGCGACCACAAUUUUCAAUGGAUCAAUUGAAUUGUCCCUCACAUUUGCAAACUAAAUGA